UUUCGCUCUUGUCGAGCCUCAACUCUUACAGAUAUGUGUUGUGUGUUUUGUUUGGAUGUUCUAGCAAAUUUCUGGUACUGUUCGUGAACGUUAUCAGGUCGAUCAGCGGAUGGGAUAAUAACUUCGAAUUUUGAUGACAAUUCCAUGUUAUUGUUUGUGGAAAAAUUUUAAUCUGAGUGCGUGUAAGAUUUGUUUAAACCAUGGUAAAAAUCCGCCGCUCCGAGCACGGACGCCGACGCUUGCCUUCCUCAUCGCAAACCCGUGAGGAUAAACACCGCCAGAAAAAGGACGUCAUCCCUGCUCUUGCGUCAAAGCGCCCAGCCGCCAAAUGGGAAGAACAACUCCAAGCUCCUGAUGCCUUCCCGCUCUGUCCCGUUCCUGGUGUGAACACAAAGGGCGUAUUCUACACGUACAUCCUCCUGGAUCCGCGGGUCACCGGGAAUAUUCCUUAUAAGUUGGAACAGCUGCGAGAUACCAUGCAUGCGUAUUCCCUGGCUCAUUUUCACGCUUUGUUUGUGCAGUCCAUCUUCUGUGUGGCCGUGGGGCAGGCCGACUGGAUCGGGGCGGAAGUGGGCGCACGGACCAACUGGGAUAAGUGCCGGAAUCAGCGGAUGGUCAUGGCCAAACGGGAAUAUCUGGCGCACCACGAUAUCGCUCAAAAGUUGCCGGCGGACAUUGCACGGAUUUGCGACAUCUGGGACAGCGGGUACGGAGUGGUGCUGCUGCCGGAAGCGCUGUACAUCGGUCACAACGAAGCGGUUCAGCGGUGCCGCAACAUCGUCCACGCUCUUUGCGGCAUUGUUCAAAAACUGAAAACAACUUCUGCCUGUCAACCGACAUGGAAAUCGGCCCCAGUUCGUCAGCUGUCAUCGGCUAGCCCCAGUCUGCGUCCCGGGAAACUGUUGCUGCGCGAACUGUUCCAGACGCUCGUGCGCAACGGGGAACGUCAGGAAUUUCCCGACGACGUUCUCGGCUGAAUGAAGCACAGUGUCGACUGUCGUGUCACUGUCAGUGACUGUCGACACCACGUGGGUUUUAUUGUCUUAUUAUUUUAGGCCUUUAUCGUUCCAUUUCAACGUUUUCAACCAGUGCGUGACCUUUAUUUUUGAUGUAUAAUUUCAUGGCGGGUUUUGUUCGCUGGAGCUCCAAGUACCCGAAGGCAGCCGGCAUUUAACUGUCAUUUGCUGUCAACUUUCGAGUUCUAGUGUUUAAUGUGCGCCAUCUUUUGUUUACUACUGUUGUCUUCAUCUGUUUGGUUGUUUCUUUUUUUUACAUUUGCACUGCGCUCUGAGAAAUUUUCAAACUGAAAACAUGUCCUUUUGACUUGAAUUACGGAUGGCAGUGUCAAGUGGUCACCUGUCAAGCUACAUCCAC